CGUGUGUCUCGGGGUGUGUUUGUUUGUGAGAGGAAGCGGCUGGUUGGAUGUUGGGCGGGGUCUGAGGAGUCACGGAGAGGCAGAGGGAGAGGAGAGACCAGAAACACGUCCUGAUCCCGGUCCUGAUCCAGAUUCUGCUCCCGGUCCUGAUCCAGCUGCAGCGCGCACUACCCGAGCAGGACAUACCGAACCACAAGACAGGCGGACAGCCGGGAGGAUGGGCCGGCUGUAGCGCGCUGCUUUCGGGCUCGGAGCUCCAGGAUGAGCGUAGCGCUGCAGGACCUCCGGAACACCAUGUCCAGCUACAAGCGAGCUACGCUGGAGGAGGAGGAGGGCUCGGACACUCCGGCUGAGGCGGCCUCGUCUCCUGACAGAGUGGAGGUGGGCUUCAGGAAGGGUGGCGUGGACAUCCUGGGUAGGUGGACCCAGCUGGAGGUCCUGCUCUCAGUCAUGCUGCUGGCCGCGCUGCUGGCUCUGCUCGCCUGUCUGGUGGUUCUGGGACUGGGAUUCAACUCAGACAGUGGACGGGGACUUUGCCUGUCGGAGGCGUGUGUCACCGUGGCAAGUCAGAUUGUGGAGGCGAUGGACCGCAGCGCUGACCCCUGCCAGGACUUCUACCAGUUCGCCUGCGGUGGAUGGAUGAGGAAGAACCCGUUGCCGGACGGACGCUCGCGGUGGUCCACGUUCAACAGCAUAUGGGAGCAGAACCAGGCACUCCUCAAACAUCUGCUGGAGAACGGGACAUUUAACGGGACCAGUGAAGCCGAGAGGAAGACUCAGUCCUACUACCUUUCCUGCCUCAACACACAGAGGAUCGAAGAGCUCGGAUCUCAGCCUCUCAUAGACCUCAUAACCAAGAUUGGUGGCUGGAACAUGACGGGUCCAUGGGACAAAGACAACUUCAUGGAGGUUCUGAAGAUGGUCUCGGGUCCGUACAGAGCUCAGCCGUUUUUCAGUGUUGGGGUCAGCACUGAUCCCAAAAACUCCAACAGUAACGUCAUCCAGGUGGACCAAUCAGGGCUCUUCCUACCAUCCAGGGAUUAUUACCUCAACAAGACGGCUAAUGAGAAGGUGCUGGCGGCAUACCUGGACUACAUGGUGGAGCUGGGGAUGCUGCUGGGGGGCGAGAAGAUCUCCACUCAGCUUCAGAUGCAGCAGAUUCUGGAGUUUGAGACGGCGCUGGCUAACAUCACCGUCCCACAGGACCAGCGGCGAGACGAGGAGAAGAUCUACCACAAGGUCACCAUCGCAGAGCUGCAGCUGCUGGCUCCAGCCGUAGACUGGCUGGACUUCCUGACGUUCUCCCUGGCUCCUCUUUACCUGAAUGACACAGAACCCGUGGUUGUGUACGCCAGAGACUACCUGCAGCAGGUCUCCGAGCUCAUCAACAAGACAGACCGCAGUCUGCUGAACAACUACAUGAUGUGGACGUUGGUUCAGAAAGGCGUCGCCACACUGGAUCAGCGCUUCGAGAACGCUCAGGACAAACUGCUGGAGAGUCUCUAUGGCACCAAGAAGAUGGAGUCUUGCACCCCACGCUGGCAGACCUGUAUCGGGAACACCGACGACACUCUGGGUUUCGCUCUUGGAGCUCUCUUUGUCAAGGCAACGUUCGACAAACACAGCAAAGAGAUUGCAGAGGAAAUGAUUGAUGAGAUCCGCUCUGCAUUUAAACACUCUCUGGACCGACUCAGUUGGAUGGACGAUGAGACGAGACAGGCUGCUAAGGACAAGGCAGAUGCUAUCUACGACAUGAUCGGUUUCCCAGAAUUCAUCCUGGAACCCAAAGAGUUGGACGAUGUUUACGAUGGGUACGAGGUGUCAGAUGACAGCUUCUUCCAGAACAUGUUGAACUUCUACAACUUCUCAGCCCGGGUGAUGGCCGACCAGCUGAGGAAGACUCCCAACAAAGACCAAUGGAGCAUGACUCCUCCUACAGUUAAUGCCUACUACAUGCCUACUAAGAAUGGCAUCGUCUUCCCCGCUGGGAUCCUACAAGCUCCUUUCUACGCCCACGACCACCCCAAAGCAUUGAACUUUGGUGGCAUUGGGGUGGUGAUGGGUCACGAGCUUACGCACGCCUUUGAUGAUCAAGGUCGUGAGUAUGAUAAAGAGGGGAACCUGAGGCCGUGGUGGCAGAACUCCUCAGUGGAGGCCUUCCGUCAGAGAACCGAGUGCAUGGUGGACCAGUACAACCACUACACCGUAAACGGAGAACCAAUCAACGGAAAACAGACGCUUGGAGAAAACAUUGCUGACAACGGAGGCCUGAAAGCAGCUUACCAUGCAUACCGAUCGUGGAUCCAGAAACAUGGAGAAGGAAAGAGCCUCCCUGCAGUUAACCUGACAAACGAUCAGAUAUUCUUUCUAGGAUUUGCUCAGGUGUGGUGCUCGGUUCGAACACCAGAGAGUGCUCACGAGGGCCUGGUGACCGACCCCCACAGCCCCCCCAAAUACAGAGUCAUCGGCACUCUGGCGAACUCUCCGGACUUCAGCUACCAUUUUAACUGUCCGGAGGGGACGCCCAUGAACACUGGGAGGCGGUGUGAGGUCUGGUAGAGGACUGGAGUGAAGAGGACCGGUGGUGGUCAUGGGGAGGUUAAUCAGGUCAAUAUGCAGGUUGGCUGUUGUUUUAGUGUCUUGAUUCUGCACGACCCGUGUUGCGUUCAUGGCCCAUGUGUAAUCUUUAGUUCAUCAGUUAUUGGGCGACGAUCAGACGAACUUCCUGUCUGGAAACUGAACGGCAUCAGUGGACCUCAGAGAUGUGACGGACCGAUGAUGAUGGUGGUGGUGGUGAAGCCAUGUGGGACAGUUUUGCUGAUGUUCGCUUUAUCACGGUUAAUAUUAAUGGGCUUUUAUGUGUGUGUGUGUUGUAUGAGAGAUCUCUGUAUCUUUGUCUAUGACAUCACUGUGAUGACCUCAUACCAGACUGACCCAUCACUUCACCCUGUGUGAGGAAGCUGUCGUUUGAUUGGCUGGAUGUCGGAAGAAAAAUGAAUAAAUUUGUGAGAAAUCGGAGGAUUUCUUCUAAGAAAUGAUCUAUCUGUGCAGUCUGAGGUUAUAUUAUCCAUCAGACUGCUUUAAUGUUUAAAGAUCUAUGUAAUGUUUCCAUUAAUCCCACUGAUGGCCAAUUAAAUGGACAGUUAUUGGCAUUAGUCUUCUGGCUUGAAUCAUAAAUGUAUGUGAGUUUUGUCUGUUUUUCCUGAAAAAGUCAUUUUAUUAUCUUUGAUCCCAAUUUUGAAAUAUUUCAUCUCUGUGGUUCAUCUGUUGCCUUGAAUUCAAGUGGAAUUAAUCUCCAUUUCAUUUGUUAAGGUAAAACCAUUUUUCCUUCCCAGUUAUCUACAAUCAUUUGCUGCCAUGUUAGUGUUUCAUUGCUGUGGAAGCGAAGCCUAGAAUCCCUGUGAAACCCAAAGGUUACAGACUUUUAUUUCAUCAGCUGUGAGGAAGCAAUGUGCCAUGAUCCAGAAUGUUGCCUUCAAAGUCCAAAAUAAAGUGUGUUUAAAGAUGAAA